AUGAGUGUGCCAGUUCUCAAGGAUGUGAAGGAGGAAGCAGCAGCCACUGCUUCCUCUGUAUGCUCUUCCUCCUAUUCUAUAAUCAGUGCCACACCAAGACAAGAGCUAGAGCUUUGGACACUAAGGUAUCUUCAGAGUCCUGAUGGCAUCCUCUCUCUCCCCACUGCCAUGGCUUCUACUCAAAGGAGUCAUUUCAAUGAGAGCUCCAACACACAAAAAGCGGAGGGUUCAAGCCCUUCGCAAGCCAUGAACUUCCCUCAGAUCCUGUGCAGUGUGCUUCUAAAUGAGAAGUUACAUAACCUGGUGCCCUUCCUGCUCCACAAGUAUCAAAGGAAGGAGCAGACCACCAUGGAAGAAAUGUUGCACAUUGUGUCCCAUGAUUACUGUAAGCACUUCCUUCUGAACUUUAGAGAAUUCUGUGAGUCCGUGUCUCUGGACUUAGGUAUUGAGAUGAGGGGAGUGGAUCCCUCUGGGUACACUUAUGUCCUUGUGCCCAUCUUGGGCCUCACUAUCAGUGGCAUACUGGAUGAUGAUGAAAACAUCAUUCCCAAAGUUGACCUCGUGAUAUAUAUCCUGACUGUAAUCUUCAUAAAUGGCAAUAGUGUCAGUGUGGAAGAACUAAGGAAACAAGUUAUAAGUUGGGAGACGUUAGUUCUGAGGGAAUGA